AUGGGGAACGAGGAUGUCCAAGUUCUCGCCGGCACACUUGACAAGACCUCGUCUCUGGAAGAGGCUAUCUCGGUGAACAGCGAUGAUGCGCUUCUCAUGUCCAUGGGCAAGAAGCCUGAGUUGAAACGAGUCUACAAUUUCUGGACGUUAUGUGCAUAUCAGAUUAUGAUCUCGUGCAGCUGGUCAUGUCUGGUCGUGCUGUACUCGACCAUUUUCGACGUCGGCGGUCCAUUUUGCCUGGUCUGGGGCACCCUUUUCGUCGCCGUAGGUCAAACACUGUUGAUGAUGUCGCUGGCUGAAUAUUGCUCGAUCUGGCCUACAGCUGGAGGGCAGCAAUAUUACACCCAGGCAGUAGCAACAGGGAAGUUCCGGCCAAUUUUGUCUUAUCUCGUUGGUUGGGCCGUCAUCAUUGGAGAGAUUUCCACUGGCUCCAGCUGUGCAGUCAACAGCGCGGCGAUUGUCGCGUCAUUUGUGGAAGUCACCCAUCCUGAUGUUGAGUGGAAGUCCUGGAUGACAUGGCUCAUCUAUAGCGCGUUUCUGAUUUGCCCGAUUCUCAUCAAUCUUAAACAGUCUUGGCUUCCUACGAUGAACGACCUCGGUGCCUUCUGGACCAUUGCGGGCGGUCUAGCAUGGGCGAUUGUGUUUGGUGUCAUGGCACCAAAGCAUGAUGCCAGUUUCAUUUUCACACAAUUCAUCAACAACUCUGGUUACGCGAGUAGAGGCUGGGUAUUCAUAAUGUCUUUUUAUUCGCCCAUGUACGGUUUGUACGGAACAGACGGUAUGAUGCAUCUUGUUGAGGAGAUGAAGGAUGCUUCUAAGGAAGCUCCUCGCGUCAUGGUAUGGUCGAUGAUCUUCUGCAGCGUUACAAGCUGGCUCGCUGCUCUCUUGUUACUCUGGACGGCCGGAAACUGGGAGGAUUAUAUGACUGCCUCACAGCCGUAUAUGAACUGGUGGAUGGACAUAACUGGUUCGGUGAUCGGUGGCGGUAUCUUCUGUGCUCUGAUCAUGAUGGGGCUCAACUUUUGCAUCAUUGUAGGCACCAAUUUGGCCGGUAGCCGACUCUUAUGGAGCAUGGCAAGAGACAAAGCUCUGCCAUACUCCGACUAUUUCGCACACGUCAGCACGAAAUUUCAUAUCCCCCUGAGAUGCAUGAUUGCAAUAUUGAUUGUCGACUUGGUCAUUGGCUUGAUUGUGCUCGGCAACGACCUUGCAUUCGAAUCCAUUAUCUCGGCCGGAGGCGUGACGUUGCAAAUUGGAUAUUCGGUACCUGUCCUCGUAGUGCUGAUUCGAGGUCGGAAAAUCCUCCCAGCUCGGCCGCAUUUCGAUCUUGGUCGAUGGGGUUACCCUGUCAACAUCAUUUCGGUGUGCUGGUCACUGAUUAUCAUCACCAUGUACCUCUGCCCGCUCUAUGUGCCCGUGACUUUGGCGACCAUCGACUAUAUGAACUGGAGCUGUUUGAUCGUGGGCGCCACGGUACUGUUCCCUGGGAUUUACUGGGUUUGGAGAGCCAGACACCGUUACAUCAAGGGUACGAACUCCGUGAUGGAGGACAAUGUGGUCAUCAUCAAUGGCGUCACUGUCAGUGGGAGUGAAGGGUUGAGGAAAGCAGCGAUGGCCGCGGAGAAUUAA